CAUUUUAUGGUCGGAGGGCAGUCUACUGAAACUUGAUGAAGGGGAAAGAUAGUCAUGGUAUUCAUACCAUGUCUCAAAAAUCUUUUGAGGCAGCGAUUGCUGACCUGGAAAGAGCGGAUGGGCCUCCAGAAACAGUACUAGAGGCCGCUGCCAAAACUCUGCGACUCAAUCUCGAAGAAACGAUUGAACGCUCUUCCCUCGAGGUGAGGUUUCGAAGUACACCACAGUCGUAUGGAUUCAAGGAGCAAUGGUUGCUGCGUUGGCUUCUGAAGAAAUUGGGUUCUGCCUCGACUACUCAAGCGAAAAAUGACGGACAGGACAUCGAGAGAUAUGCUGUUUCUCCACAAUUCUGGUCGCUGCUUCUUGACCUCACAACUUCAAUUCCAAGCAGCGUUUGCCUUGAGAUUCUUCUCGAGCGAAAGUUCUUCCCUAUACUAGUCCAGCUAAUACAAGCCUUCCGGAACGCUCGACAACUUCCGAGCACCGUCGAACCGCGCAUCACCGCACCUGCUGACGAGACGCCGCGGCCGAGGAAGAAGCGGCGAUUGAGUCCACCGGAAGUGACGGCUCCCAGCGCAGGAUCCCAGCAUGAAAAACUGCUGUGGGUUCUCCUACAAGCGGUUUGUCGAUGUCUUGACCUCUUCUCCCCACGCUCCUCACAAAACAACCGUCAGUCGAGCCAACCCCUUUUGGCUUCAAAUCUAUCAUGGGAUGAGCAGGCGUCCAUAAUGGGCGCGGUUCUUGAAACUGCCGUGAAUCUUCUGGAUCAUGCAGCCGGACCGAGGAACCAAGGGGUACUUUCCGAGGUGCUCACCGUUGUUCUCUGCUUUUGGCAUGGGGACUCUCUAGCCAACCAAGCGCAGAAAGAGGGUCCCGACCGAGCCUUUUCCUCUUACUGUCUCAUGCCAAGCUUGGCUAUACUUGAACAUCUGCGACGUCUGGACUCUGCCGACAGGUCUAUGGCCACCCAGCAGAAGGCACUGGAGCGUCUUGUUGCAUUACAUGUUAUCUUCCCGACUCGGUCGUCAUUCAACAAGCAAUUUGCAAGGAAGUGGGCAGACAUACGAGAUGUGCCACCAUACCCCCAGCUGGAAGCGACGUUAAAUGAUCUUCAGAAGCGCAUGUUCCCUGACGAGCGACCCAACAAGCCUCCAGUCGUCGCCAGCAAAGUCCCAAAAUGGAUCAUUCUUGACAUUGCUGCACGGUUAGUUCCUUCAUCAGAUUUCCGCAGGCGCCAAGCGGAGCAACCCUGGAUUGAUGCACUUUUCAUAUACCUUGCUCAUACAAUCUGGCCUCAAAUGUCGCAAGCGUCAACUGAUGUAAGAAAGCCUUUCAAGGGAUCUCAAGAAAGCCAGCAAACUUGGGCAGCCUCACUCGAAAAAUUGCUGGACGUUAUCCUCGCAGAAAAGCUACGCGUGGGUCUGCCCCUGCUAGGUUAUCUACUUAAGGCGGUUCUCGCCUUGGAAGAUGAGACCAUUCCAUGGAGAUUGUUGGUGAGGAUACUCCAGGUCGAUAUCGGUAUCUUAGUUCCAACUUCUAGCUUGUCGACAUCCGAGGAAUUCGUGCGACAGCUCAUCGAGAAGCUUAGGGUGCCCCUCGUGCCAAAGAGUACCUAUGACAACAUCCGCGACGACAUUAUCUUACCAUUGUUGCGCGGCUUCGCCCAGUCCCGGAAUCUACCCAGCUUCCUUACUCUGUGGCAGCAGAAUCUGGCAGUUGCCGUUCGUACACCUCACCUACCCCAAGGCGGCACGGAAGAUGUUACACUAAAGCUUGUGUGGGAGGAUCAAGCUGUUUUCGAUCAAUUCAAGGCAAUCGCUCAAACAAAUGCGCCACCGAGCUUAGGCCAAAAACUCCUCGGCGAUCUCAUAGAACCUUUGACCGAGCUGGCUGAGGCGACCGGAUCACGGGCGGGCGUCUUUGCACAACUGGCAAUAUUCUCUGCUUUACUUGAGACUACCGAUACUCCUAUCGAGACUUGGAAGCUGGACAGUGGUCAACUUAUGGCCGUACUCGACACGAUUGCGAUUGCUCUGCCUCAGGUGUCCGAAAGCCAUGGCCGGAGGUGGCGGCUAUGGAAGGUUGCGCGCCAACUUGUCUGCUGUCUUGGAGUCGACAAGAUCUCGCAGAUUCCAAAAACCAUGCUCGACUCCCAAACUCGCUUCAUGUCUCUCACCGAUUUGGCAACCCUGCCGGGCCACCCAAACCCGUCUAAGAUUCUAGAGUGCUUGGAAUGCUUCUCCUUCCUCCUGGAGCUUGUUGCACAGUCUGCUGAUUUCGAACAACAUUUCGGGCGCGAAAUGGAAAGUUUGGCAAACCUCCUCCAGCUGUGUUGCGCAAAUACAGGAGCCGAACUCAAUGUCUGCGUGGGACCGCAUUUCCAAUGUGACAGUCCAAAAAGUCUGCUAGCUGCAUGUAUUGGGAGUCUGUUGGAGAAGCACAAGGUGUUUUCAAAGUACCCAGACUCAUCCAAGCGACUCGUUGAGAUGGCUCUUCACAUCAUGGCAGCUCCCGGAAGGGAAGCAGGCGAUGAUGGCGAUAUACCAAACAUCAAAGCCCUUCUUCGUGCUGUGCUGACUGCCGAGGAAGUCAUGAACACCUCCUUACUGCGCCAAUGCAUCGUGCAUUAUAUCCUUGACAAUUCAAAGCCAGGCGUGGCUACUAAGAUCGACCAAGCUAUUCUCCGGCAUUAUUUGUCUAAGGGCGUCAUCCAGAGGUCUCAAUUGAAAAGUCUGGCGAACACGACGAUGGAGCGUGUGUUUGAUGUGAAGGCUUCAAAAGCUCUAGAUGAUGUUGUCGAAGACCUGGCUCUCCUUAACCUGCUCGAUGUCAAUGCGACAGGAUCCGUCAUCAAAUCCGAGGAUUGGCUCACAUGGGUCAAUUUCUCGAAAGACAUAACGGAUUAUAAGCAGUUUGGACAAUCACCGGCAAGCCUCUCGGCGGUUGAGAUGCUCGAGCAUAUAUUGAAGAGGGUAUGGGAGCGUGCCGUGACAGCCUCGCGAAAUCAAGUUCUUUCCGACAUCAUCUCAUGGUGUGGCACCUGCAUUGAGGGGUCACUAAACACAAAGCAAAGCCCACCAUUCCUGAUAGCUGUCCCAAUCUUCCUUGAAAAAGCUGCGCUUCUCAGCAGGGCCACACCCAGCACCACCAUAUCGAAGAAGGAUCUUCAGAAGAUGACGACGAGCUACACAUCAACAAUAAGCCGUAGGCUUGAGUCAUCUCUUUGUGGCAAAACUGAUUUCUCCACUCUAUUGAACCUCAGACUUCUCCUCAACAGUGCUCGGCAGACCCAGGCUUCUGAAGUGGAUGAGGCGUUGUCAAAAAAUGCGUUUGAGUUUGCACAACGAUUGCAUGCGGAACAGUUAUCGUUAGAACACUCAAAAGCGACCGCUGCUGUGCACUUUUUGCGGGCUUCUGUGGAAAAGCGAUGCUGGGAGCUCUCGACACCUCUCAACAGGAUGCCAUCUGACGUAAUGCGACAAGUGCUCGCAUCCAUCACACGGGAUGUAGCCACUCACACGAACGAGCAAUUGAAUCUGCUAAGCAUUGAGGCAGACACUCUUGCAAACCACAUGGCACCAACAGAAUGGGCUGAUGUGCUGGGAAGACUACGACAGCACUCAAAGGAAGGAAGUGCUGGGGAAUUCCGGCAGCUAUUCAUCUCGUCUGUCAUCCUCCGCAUCAAAGAUCACCACCUACAACAUGACCCGCGACUCACAGACGAAUUGGCAAAUAUUGCGAGUCUGAACACCUCCGGCCAGUACACUCCGACCGAACUUUUCCUAGCAUUGGAGAACUGCAGAAUGGUCCUACAAUCGCAUCCACUCACUGUGAAUCAGGCGACGCUAGAUCGGUUACUUGCCUGCCUCUGUCUCGUUGACGUGUCUCCGCAUCACUACGAAUCAUCUUACCCACAGAACUCUCAAGAACAAUAUGGGCCCCAACCUGCAGAUAUCUAUGAAGAACUGUGCAUGUUUCUGGGAGUAAUCUUGGGAAGACACAGAAGACGUAUAUCCGACCGGUACCACCUACUACUGCCAGUAAUGCAAAGGCUCUUACGAUGCCUAUUCUGGCCGGGUACGCAUGCCUUACAAGAUCGACAACGUUCAGCCGCCGCUAACGACCUCAACGCUUAUGGACGGAGUCUGCCACAGUGGAUACGAGGUGCUGAGCAACCUUUACCCCCAUCUUCGGCAGAGAAGUUCUCUCGCCUUGCAUCUUCAAUAUGCAACCCGACCGUAUCUGCGGCACGAUCGUCCAGGAAGCACGGCCAUAACCAGCUGAAUGAUGAGACCAAAAGAGCUAGACUGUUGGCAGGCCAGCACAUGCAGUACCUCGUGAUGGAGUACGCACGCUGUACUCUCGACGGACAAAUAACACCUACGGUCAAGGACAAGCUGAUGCCAGGGAUGUACAGUGUCUUGGACUCAAUGGGCAGAGACCUCUUGAGAGCAGCGAAUGCAGGAAUGGAUCCAAGCAGCCGGGCCAUCUUCAAAGGUCUCUACGACGACUUUACAAGGUUUGGUAGGUGGGACAAGAGCUAGAACAGGUCAUCACUGCUCUGGGAGAAGAAUUCACGGGUCUGAACGAGAGGUAAUCUGUAUUGCUGCGGAAAUUCAUGGUGCGCUCGGCAUCGAUAUCAGGCGCAAAAUGAACUGAUUGGGGAUGCACUUCAGCCUAUCAGGAAAUGGCUUCGAGAGGCUGAUAUUCUGACUCGUGGGAAGCCACGUAUUCCGAGCGCCCAGACAGUACGGCACUGCCAGCCUACGAAAUCUGGAUGGUCUCCGCGAACGUUCACUGCGAAAACCAGGCGCAGCUACAACCGCGUUUGCAGCCGAUCUGAUUGGUAGACAAACCUACCUUGCGUUUCGUGGAUGCAUGCUGGCACCAACACGGGUUC